AUGAACACCGUCGGCUUCACGUGGCAGGCCGCGCCCGCCGCCACCGAGAUGGAGGUCCUCGCGCUCGACUGGCUCGCGCAGCUCCUGCGCCUGCCGUCCAGCUUCAUGAACCGCACCGGCGCCGCUGGGCGCGGCACAGGCGGCGGCGUCAUCCUGGGAACCACCAGCGAGGCCAUGCUCGUCACGCUCGUCGCCGCGCGUGAUGCUGCCCUGCGCCGGAGUGGAUCCCAGGGCGUGUCCGGCCUGCCGCGCUUGGCCGUGUACGCCGCGGACCAGACGCACUCCACUUUCUUCAAGGCGUGCCGUCUCGCCGGCUUCGACCCUGCCAACAUCCGCUCCAUCCCCACUGGCCCGGAAACGGACUACGCCCUCGACCCGGCGAGGCUGCUCGAGGUCAUGCAGGCCGACGUCGACGCCGGCCUCGUGCCGACCUACGUCUGCGCCACCGUCGGCACCACGUCGUCCAACGCCGUCGACCCUGUGGGAGCCAUUGCCGACGUCGCCGCCGUGUUCAACGCCUGGGUGCACGUCGACGCUGCCUACGCCGGCAGCGCGUGCAUCUGCCCGGAGUUCCGGCACCACCUCGACGGCGUCGAGCGUGUCGACUCCAUCAGCAUGAGCCCGCACAAGUGGCUCCUCACCUGUCUCGACUGCACGUGCCUGUGGGUGCGCGACACGCACCGGCUCACCGACUCGCUGGAGACCAACCCGGAGUACCUCAAGAACGACGCCAGCGAGUCCGGCAACGUCACCGACCUCAAGGACAUGCAGGUCGGCGUCGGCCGCCGCUUCCGAGGGCUCAAGCUCUGGAUGGUCAUGCGCACCUACGGCUCCGCCAAGCUCCAGGAGCACAUCCGCAGCGACGUUGCCAUGGCCAAGAUGUUCGAGGACGCCGUGCGCGCCGACGACAGGUUCGAGGUCGUCGUGCCGAGGAACUUCGCGCUCGUGUGUUUCAGGAUCAGGCCACAGGGUGCCAUGACGGAGGAGGACGCAGAGGAGGUCAACCGUGAGCUCAUGGAGCGGCUGAACAGGACCGGGAAGGCGUACCUGGCGCACACGGCGGUCGCCGGCAAGUUCGUGCUGCGGUUCGCGGUGGGGUCGUCGCUGCAGGAGGAGAGGCACGUGCGAAGCGCGUGGGAGCUCAUCAAGAAGACGACCACUGAGAUCAUGGAGGAAGAGAUGUAG